GAUUUACCGACCUCGGACUAUAUCUGCAUCGGGCUAUCAAGCUCCGUAUAGCGGAAUACUUGACGAUCGGAAAUUUCCCCCAUCAGAAGAAUGAACAGCAUGUGAGCCAAUCGAUAGAACUCAGGAGUAGUUGUACUUAG